CAAAGCAAAAGCUUUCCAGACAAAGACAAUCCCUUAAACCAAUAGCCACUUGUUCUUAACAUUCGAAAUUUAGUACAUAACUACAAUUUAUUACCAGUCCUGGUGAAGUGGGUGGUUACUGUUUUGAAAACCCAUUUGGGUGGAAUAGAAGAGAAAGAGGCCCAAUUGGGAAAAGCUUUUAGAUAGAUUGAGAGAGAAAGGAAGGAGAAAGUAAAGAGAUGAUGGGUUAGGGUGGGGAUUUGAAGCUGUGGAAGGGGCCUUAUGGUGGAGGGGUCCUUUGUGAUAAUGGAAACUGCAGGGCCGACAGUUUCAGGUUUCAAGGAACAGUGAGUACAGAAGCAAUAACCAGUGUCCGCCAUAAAAGCUGCAAUACGAAAACCUUCUGGAUCCUCAAACCAAUCAUCUUCACCUUCAUAUUUCAUUUCUAAAUUCAACCAAUUGAAUCUCAACUACUUCAACAGCACCUACAAACAUCCAAGCUUAACCCAACAUGCAAGAAGAAUGGGAGAAAGCAAUCACCAAGCUGCAACAUCGUCAAGAUUGGGGUUAAAGCAUAGUGGAGGCGAGAUCGUUGAGGUUCAAGGAGGUCACAUUGUUCGGUCAAUUGGAAGAAAAGACCGUCACAGCAAAGUUUGCACCGCUAAAGGUCCUCGGGACCGUCGUGUUCGUCUCUCCGCUCACACCGCCAUCCAGUUCUACGACGUUCAGGACCGCCUUGGUUACGACCGUCCUAGCAAAGCUGUGGAUUGGCUUAUCAAAAAAGCCAAAUCCGCCAUUGACGAGCUCGCUGAACUACCUCCUUGGAACCCACAAACCUUGACAACAACGACUUCAACCACGAAACAAAAUAAUCAACAAAAUCAAAACAUAAUCACAGCAGUAGACAAUGAAAAGCCCAGAAGAACGGCUACAUUAAUGGGAAACCAAGUUCAAAUUCUUCAGCAACAAGGAACGGGAGAUAACCCGAAUAGUAAUUCGGGUUUUCUUCCAUCUUCUUUAGUUUCUGAUGAGAUUGCAGAUACUAUGAAGUCUUCUUUUCCAUUGGGAGCUUCCAGUGAGGCACCGUCUUCUUCUAUUCAGUUUCAGAAUUAUCCACCGGAUUUUUUGUCCAAAACCAGCAGCCACAGUCAAGAUCUGCGGCUUUCGCUUCAGUCAUUUCCGGAGCCGGUUCUUCUCCACCACCAUCACCAAGCUGCUGCAGCUCAGGCACAUCAAACUGAAUCUGUUUUAUUCUCUGCAGGAACCAGCCCUUUAGCUGGUUUUGAUGGAUCUUCAGCUGGAUGGGAAAAUCACCACCACCAUCCGGCUGAGGUAGGAAGGCUUCAGAGAUUGGUUGCCUGGAAUAAUGGUGCUGCUGCUGCUGAUACUGGUAGUGGCGGUGGCGGUGGAAUGGGAGGAUUUCUCUUUGGCAAUCUAUCAGCACCGCCACUAUCACCAGCUUUUGGCCAAAACGGCCAGUUUUUCUUUCAGAGGGGACCCCUUCAGUCCAGUAACACGCCCUUGGUUCGUGCUUGGAUAGACCAGCCAAUUCCAACAACCGACGAAUACCAUCAUCAUCAUCAUCAAAUCCCACAAAAUAUCCAUCACCAACCUGCUUUAUCUGGCAUUGAAUUCACCACAUCAGGUGUAUUCUCUGGAUUUCGCGUUCCAGCACGGUUCCAGGGCGCACAAGAGGAUCAAGACAGCAUCGCAAAUAAGCUGUCCUCUGCUUCCUCUGACUCUCACCAUUGAUCCAAUAAAAUGGAGAAAAGCCAUAGUCUUUCCCCUCUAACAGGACCAGUUUGAUCGUUGACAGUGAAGUAAAUGAGGAGAUGCUGCUCGAUUCAACACCAGUUUGAGGGAAGAUUUUGGUCACUUCAAAUCAAUGGCCUAUGCCGUGGGAAGAAGAAAUCUGGGUUGAUUUCAGGUUAUUCAAUCCCCGGUUCCAUUAGUUUCUAUCAGUUCAUUGUGUUGUACUUUGACUAUUUUUUUGACUGAGCUCUUAAAACUCAGCUAUGGCUUCUCUUCUUGCAGAACUUGUCAUGUGUUUUUUAUGUUACUGGACAUUUGUUUGCAAUGUUUAUGUUGAUGCUACUGUUCCCUAAAGUUACCGUUAAGAUUAAAAAAAAAGUUAGUUCAAA